CGCACCGGAUUGACCCUGCGCCAAACAAAGGCCGCCGCACGGAGCGAAGGCAGGCGCCAUGCCCCCUCAGUUGCGCUUCCCCUCCGCCCUCCCCAACCUAUACCCUCACCUCCUCCUCCCCCGCUUCCUCCCCUUCCCCUCCCCUCCCUGCUCCUCUCGCCUUCUCCCCUUCACGCCGCCUCCCAGCCUCAGCAUCUCCAGGUCCCGCCGCCACCCGAUUCACCGCUUCCUGCCCCGAGGCAUGGCCACCGCAGCCGGCGAGGACGCACCGCCCUCCGGGACGAGCGGUUCCGGGGAGGGCGCUGUGCGGCCGCCGCGCCGCACGCUGGAGGAGCUCGCGUGGGACGAGACCUUCGUCCGCGAGCUGCCCGGCGACCCACGGUCCGACAACAUCCCCCGCCAGGUCUUGCACGCUUGUUACACCAAGGUGUCUCCCUCGGCGCCUGUGGACAACCCUAAGCUGGUGGCGUGGUCCGAGUCCGUGGCUGACCUCCUCGAUCUGGAUCACAAAGAAUUUGAAAGACCUGAUUUUCCCCAGUUCUUCUCAGGAGCAACUCCGUUGGUGGGAAGUGUGCCCUAUGCCCAGUGUUAUGGUGGACACCAAUUUGGUUCGUGGGCUGGUCAGUUGGGGGAUGGACGAGCAGUAACUCUGGGAGAGGUUCUCAAUUCUCGAGGUGAGAGAUGGGAGUUGCAGCUCAAGGGUGCUGGGAAGACUCCCUACAGCCGUUUUGCAGACGGCCUUGCUGUCCUGCGCAGCAGCAUCCGUGAAUUCUUAUGCAGUGAAGCUAUGCAUGGUCUAGGCAUUCCUACAACUCGUGCUCUUUGUCUAGUUGAAACUGGCAAAUCUGUUGUGCGAGAUAUGUUCUACGAUGGGAAUUCAAAAGAGGAGCCUGGUGCAAUUGUUUGUCGUGUAGCACCGUCGUUUUUACGUUUUGGUUCAUACCAAAUACAUGCUACAAGGGGCAAAGAGGACCUUGAAAUUGUUCGUCAUUUGGUAGAUUACACAAUACGUCAUCACUACCCACAUCUUGAAAGUAUUAAAAAGAGUGAAGGUUUAUCUUUCGAGGCAGCUAUAGGAGAUUCUCCAGCAAUAGAUCUUACGUCCAACAAAUAUGCAGCCUGGGCAGUUGAGGUUGCAGAGCGCACUGCUUACUUAAUUGCCAGGUGGCAAGGUGUUGGUUUCACUCAUGGUGUACUCAACACUGAUAAUAUGAGUGUGCUGGGCCUAACUAUUGAUUAUGGACCCUUUGGUUUCUUGGAUGCUUUUGAUCCUAGCUUUACUCCGAAUACCACUGAUCUCCCUGGGAAGAGAUACUGUUUCGCAAAUCAACCUGAUGUUGGCUUGUGGAAUAUUGCUCAGUUCACUGGGCCCCUGUCAUCUGCUGGACUUAUCAACAAAGAUGAGGCAAAUUAUGUAAUGGAGAGGUAUGGGACAAAAUUCAUGGAUGAAUACCAAUCUAUAAUGACAAGGAAACUUGGUCUAUCUAAAUAUAAUAAGCAGCUUAUUAGCAAGCUGCUUAACAACUUGGCUGUUGAUAAGGUUGACUACACAAAUUUUUUCCGUCUUCUUUCGAAUGUCAAAGCAGAUCCUGACAUUCCAGAGAAUGAGCUACUUGUUCCAAUAAAGGCUGCACUCCUAGAUAUUGGAAAAGAAAGAAAGGAAGCAUGGAUUAGCUGGGUACAGACAUAUAUUGAGGAGCUGGUGGCUAGUGGCAUCUCUGAUGAAGAAAGGAAAACUUCAAUGAAUCAAGUCAAUCCGAAGUAUGUUCUUCGGAACUAUCUCUGCCAGACUGCGAUUGAUGCGGCCGAUCUAGGUGAUUAUGAGGAAGUUCGUCGCCUAUUGAAAGUUAUGGAACGUCCAUAUGAUGAGCAGCCAGGAAUGGAAAAAUAUGCCAGGUUGCCGCCAGCCUGGGCAUAUAGGCCUGGAGUGUGUAUGCUGUCUUGCUCUUCAUAAACCCAACACCCAGCUAUGGAAAUACAGUGUUGUAUAAUUUUUGGCUGUAUAUGAGGUUCACCUGUAAGCUGUAGUGUUUGAAGCACCACAUGUUUUACUGAUGUGGGGCAAUCUCAGAACUUUAGUUGUGAUGUUACUUUACAGAGUUAUAUGCGCAUUUAGGAAAUGGAGCAAUCGGCCGCCCCUUAUUCGUAA